GAAAACUUACCUGUAAAAUUUUCCCUCAAAUUGCUUUAUUUGGACAAGCUAGUGCCCUCAGAUAAGUUACAAGAUAGUUCCCCAAUUUAAUUCCCCCCAGCUUAUCAUUCUCUCUGUUUUAACUUUAUAUGUACAAUAACAUGUGUAGGGUUUUUGACAUAACUUUUCCCAUAUGAUUUAAAUCAGUUUCGCUAAUGCACCCUGCCCAAUAUCCCUCCACCACUUGCUCAACCCAAUGUGAAAUUUAAUCAAUUGUGAAUAAUUUCUUAUAGGUGCCUCCAUAGAGGCACGUCUGCGGGCAAUGCAAAGAAAAUUAUCGGAAAUUGCUGAGAUUCCCAAAAUACUCUCUUCAACAUUGGCCACGGUUUCGCAGACCUUUGAGAAGCUCCAGCUAAAUGGAGUGGUCCCAAAACCAAAUUAUCUCACCAAUGAACUCUACCAGCAAAAACGUAAAUUAUCCUAUGAUGAAGAUGCUUAUGAUUAUGAGUUGAGUGACGAAGAGGGCGAUGGAGAAGACGCAAACGACAACGAUGAUUUGAGAGGAAACUUUAAUGCCAGAGAGGCUUAUCUGCGAUUAAAGCAACACGUUGCCAGACAAAGAAGAUCUAAAGAGGUUACACCCGAAUCGGAUUAUGCUUCCGAAAAUAAUUACUCAUUAGAUGGUAAUGAGCAGCAGGGGGUAGGCCAAGUAAAAGAAUACAAUGAUAAGGGUGAGGAUGAGGAUGGAGAUGGAGAUGGGGACGACGAUGAGGAUGAUGAAUCCAAUGCCGAUGAUGUAUGUGAAAAGUUCAAUCUGAGUUACUUCCUCAAAUCCCAAGGCCAUGAGAUGAAAGCGGAUGAAACUGAAAGUGAUGGAGAUGGUGAGAACGAUGACGACGAUGAUUUCCUAACAACCACAUUCACAUGGAGUAUGCCAAACAAAUCGAAAUUGCGUUUAAACGACAAUAACUCCACAGACACAAGUGCACACGUUCCGCAAAAUAACGAAAAUAAUUACAUGCGUGCCGCCAGUGAUGAGUGUGCAGAUGACGGAGAGGCUGUCGAUAAGUACUCAAAGGCAAUGGAACAAUCAUCCUUAGAUAAUGCCUCUAACAGUUCACAAAGUGCAGAGGAAUGUUCAAUGAAACAACCAAAGCUGGAUAAAUUUUGGCCCUGGGCAGACCGUGAGAAAAUUAUUUACAAGCAAUCCACCUGUCAUUUGGUUCCCAAGAAACCACUUGGCCUUAUUGAACAACGCAUACAGCUGCUGGCCAAACAUAAUCUACUGGAACACUUGGGACCCAACAACAAAAACAACCAAUAAAGCUGCUUCAUGCCGACAAAUUUAUAGUUCUUAGAAUUGUGUUUAUCAAAAAUUGUUGCUUUUUUAAUAUCUCAACAAAGCAAUAUCCCCAACUGCCAAUGUAAAAUGUAUUCCUGGCCACCUGCCUCAAUGGAAAUGAUUUUUCCUCUCCAUUACAUUGUUGAUUGAUUUUAAGUUCACUUUCUUAUUAAUAAAAAUUUAAUUAAUUCUAUUGAAAA